AUGGAGUGCGUGUAUGAGAAUGAAGGAGGAAAACUGGGGGAUAUCAUCAUCAGAGAUCCUUAUUUGUUUCCUGCAGCCCAGACCGUGAGAGGCGUUAUUCACAUAGCCGUUGCGGUGCUCCACACAGGGGUAAUUGUCAUACUUGCCUGUCUUUUUAAAGGAGGCCCUGUCACUUUGAAGAGGAAAAUCUGCUACUUCUACCUCGCUCUCGCUGGCAUUGGCAGCGCCGUGGAAGGAGCUGCGACACUCAUUUUCACCGAGAAGGAUGGCUCCGCAAUGGCUCUGAUAGCACGAGCGAUUACCAUUACAUCGUUGGGCCCGCUGCUCGUGGAAGCCAAUGGCAUGGGCGAGUCGCUUUGGCCAUCAAAGCAUUGGGAGAGUGUGUGGAUCUUGAGUAUCCUAUAUCUGCUUGGGUCGCUGGCAGGAUUUCUCACCGCAUCCUCGUUGUCCGAUACUCUGAGCCUGCUCCUCUUGGCCUGCUUCAUGGGGCUCGGAGCUCUCUACUCAGGUGGGAGCUUGAAAGGGGUACCUUAG